AUGAGUCGAGUUUCGGGUGCCCGUCGAGCACUAAGAUCUAGAUCUUGGGAAGCCGAUGGGGACGGGGGCGUGAGGUGGCACGACGCUGAUGAUGGUGGCACAGGGCGGGGCGACACCGACGUGGGGUGGAGACCAGGGUGCGGGCGGCGUGAGGCGGCGGCGGUGGCCAGGGGCGGGGCGACGCCAGUGCGGGGAGGCCGUGGAGACGGGGCCAGGCAGGGAGGCCGGGGCAAGGCGGGGAGGGAAGGCAGACAAGAGGCCAGGGAGGUCGAGGCGCAGGGAGGGGCGACGGCCCAUGAUGGGGAGGCCGAGGUGGGGAGGUGGACAGGAGGGCACGACGACCGGGGCGAGAAAGCUGGCGAUAAGGGGUGGCAACAAGGUGGGAGGUCUGAGGCUGCGCCGUCGGGGUGGGGAGGAGGGGAGGUGGAGGGGAGGAUGUAG